AUGCGCCGGCGCCAGUCGGUGAGAGGCGCCGGCCUCCGACCUUUACGCGAGCAGAGCAAGCGGCUAGAAGAGGAAAAACGGAGAAGCUGCGGGGGGCGCCGGGACCUCGCGGGCAGCGACGAAGGCGGAGCCCCGGCCUGGCUAGGGAGGCGCGAGGAGAGCCCACCCCCCCUCCCCCGGCCCGCUCGGGUAAACAAGGCCGCGACUCGCAAUGCGCACUCACCGGGAGCCGCGGCCCCGGGGCCGCUGAGCCCGGGCGGACCAAACUGGGUCGGGCCAGGCCUGAGGAACCGGACACAGGCGCGGCGGCGGCGGAGGCGGCGAGCCAACGCCGGUCAAGCCCGCGCUGCUUCCUCUGGCGGAGCCUUCUUCGCAGCUCCGGAAGUGUUCGGAGCAGUUGCGUCACUUCCGGCCUGAGGUCGCCCCACGGUCGCCCGGGUCGUGACUGGCGCUGGGUGAUAACGCUUCUGCGCGGUUGCUUCUCUGCAGCUUAGCGCUCCGACCCAGAGUGUGCCCAGCGCACUGCCGGCGCCGACUGCUGCGAGGGGCAGCAGAGGAAAGGGUUUGGCUUAUUGGAGAGGGGUCACUCACUGCAUCUCUUCCUGCUUUCUCCUACCAGCGCCGCCCGCCGGGAUACCCUAAACCUGAGUUUUUCUUCUUUCUUUCUUUUUUUUUUUUUGGUCUUUUUGCCUUUUCUUGAGUC